CGCGGAUCGAGAUUAAUUUUUUUAUUUUGAUGUCAGAUAUACCAAUAUUCUGUCAAAUAUUUUGUGGUUAAUCGCGUUCUUCGCUACGAUGUUAUUCUGUUGCCGAAGUUCUACAUAUUUACUACACGAAUAUCGAAGAUGAACACGAAAGAAAAAGAGAAAUACAUCGAAGAAUUUGAUUUUCCCCAUUGCGAUGAAUCCUCGAAAUAUGAAAAAGUUGCGAAAAUUGGCCAGGGCACCUUCGGGGAGGUGUUCAAGGCUAGGGAUAAGAAUUGUAGUAAAAAAUUCGUAGCUAUGAAAAAGGUGUUGAUGGACAAUGAAAAGGAAGGGUUCCCUAUAACUGCUUUAAGAGAGAUAAGGAUAUUGCAGUUAUUGAAACAUGAAAAUGUAGUGAAUUUAAUAGAAAUAUGUAGGACAAGAGCAACUCAAUAUAAUCGUUAUCGUUCUACGUUCUAUCUUGUAUUUGACUUUUGCGAACAUGACUUAGCUGGAUUAUUGUCAAAUGUAAAUGUCAAAUUUAGUUUAGGAGAAAUUAAAAAAGUUAUGCAACAGUUGUUAAAUGGUCUUUAUUAUAUUCAUAGCAAUAAGAUUUUACAUAGAGAUAUGAAGGCUGCAAAUGUUUUGAUCACCAAAAAUGGUAUAUUGAAAUUAGCCGACUUUGGUUUAGCUCGUGCAUUUAGUGCAAAUAAAAAUGGUCAGCCAAACCGUUAUACAAACAGAGUUGUUACUCUUUGGUAUAGACCACCUGAACUUUUGCUUGGUGAUAGAAACUACGGUCCCCCUGUAGACUUAUGGGGUGCAGGGUGCAUUAUGGCUGAAAUGUGGACCAGAUCACCUAUAAUGCAGGGGAAUACAGAGCAACAACAGCUCAUAUUAAUUUCACAGUUGUGUGGUUCUAUUACAACAGAAGUAUGGCCUGGAGUAGAGAAUUUAGAAUUAUUUAACAAAAUGGACUUACCCAAAGGCCAAAAACGGAAGGUUAAGGACAGAUUAAAACCAUAUUUAAAGGAUCCUUAUGCCUGUGACUUGUUAGAUAGACUUUUAAUUCUUGAUCCGUCUAAAAGAUUCGAUUCCGAUUCUGCGUUGAAUCAUGACUUUUUCUGGACCGAUCCGAUGCCUUGUGAUCUCAGCAAAAUGUUAGCGCAACAUACGCAGAGCAUGUUCGAGUACCUAGCCCCACCAAGACGUCCUGGUCACAUACGUCAUCCUCAUCAUCAAGUACCUGGAGGGCCAGCAAAACCUAGUUCUAGUAUGGCUGAUAGUGGUUACCAAGACCGUGUAUUCUAGGAUAUAUAUUUUGUUUAUAUAAGCAUAGACUGCUCUUUAUCGUUCAUAUUUUCUCAUCUUUCAGAAUUUUGAUAAACCACAUGAUAUCUGACUUUGAACUUCAUCGAUAAUUAUAAGAUUUUAAGUUAAUAUUGGGACUUUAAUUUAUGCAAACUAUUGGGAUAAGAUGUAAGAUUUUCUUAUAUUUAUACACACACACAUAUAUAUGUAUAUGUAUACUUAUAUAUAUAUUUAUAUAUACAUAUAUACAUAUAUAUACAUGUAUAUAAAUUUUGUACAAAUGGAAACAGUCUUCUGAUUUAAGCCUUAUAUUUUCAGAACUGACAGCUUUCCUUCUGUUCAAUUAUUUAUGUAUUAUAUUUUAAUCGAUCCUUGAUAUUUAUGAAGGAAAAGACGAAAUUUUAUAUAUAUUCCUUAUUUUAAUUUUACAAACGAGGUCCAUAAUUGACAAGUGGAGUAAGAAUUAAUUCUUUUGACAACUAAGGAAUUCAAAUGUUAUUAUAUAUUGGAAUCUUUUAAUAUACUUAUUUAAAUUUCACGUAAAUACAAUACGAAACAACACAAGGUAGUAAUUACUGCCAGUAAAUUAUAGAUUUACUAAAAGUAUUUCUGGGACUAAAAAUAACUAUUAAUUGAUACUUUUGAAGUAUAUCUUGUUAAAACAAAAUUUAUUUCAGCAAACAAUUUUUAACUUUACAAUGAUUUAUGAAUCGAUAGUGUCAUACAGUUCAUAAUUAUGGUAGAAAUCUUAAAAGAUGUACGAAUUAAAUUUAAUUAAACCUAAAUUAAACAAUUGUUUGUAGUACUCAUGGAACAAAGAGCGAGACAUUUAGCGAGUUUAAUAACACAUUCGGCAAUUGUACAUUCAAUUUUACGUGUCUGCAUCUAUCUUUGUCAUGAGAAAGCAGUACAUAGCACUUAAACAAGAAAAAAUUUUUUUAAAUAUGUACACGACUGUAUGUCCGUAAUACUUUGUUACUUUUUAUUCUUACAGCUAUAUAUAUCAUCAUUAUGCUAAACUACACUAUCGAAUUAUCAAUAUCUGUGAGGUACAGAAAUAUGAUCCAUAUUAAAAAUAAAAUGAUAUGAGUGAUAUUUAUCACCGGAUAUAAAAAUACAAAUAAAAUUUUUUUAACACA